UAGAAAGACCCUGCGUCAGGCUUUCCCACCUUUAGUAGGUACUUUGGACCUACUAAUAGGUUCUAUGUAUUUGAACAUAUUGGCUGAUUAUUGUGGUGUGAAAAGGACUUUCUCGCUUUUUGAGAUCAUCUUCUAAAAAAUAGUUUUCUUUCUACCUUACUCCAACCAAUAUCCUCUCCUGAAAGUAUCACAUAUCUUCUCAAUAGGCAUCAUUUUCCCUGAAUGAUGAGGAAAACUGAUGGACCUAACAAAAGAUAGGUUUAUUUUAGUCACUGAGAAAAAAUAUAUGUACAUUUUCCCUGGACCCUGAUAAAAAUCUUAGAAGUUGUUGAACAGCAUUAGUGGGAAAAGAUGCCAUGAGAUUAAUCUGGCAGCAGUCAUCCAUUUAGCAACAUGCUGACACUGUCCAAGGCAUUGGGUGCAAUAGUAGAAGAAAAAGGAGUGAACAUCAGUCCCUGCCCUUAUGAAGCUUUCAGUCUUAUGAAUACCAGUGCAGGAUGAACUGGAGUCUUUAAAGACUAGAGGCAGGGAAACUGGCUGUGAUCGAAUCAGACAUCCUCAAUUCCUUAUCGUGUUAGCAUUUAGCUUUGCCUGCCUUUUGAUGACCUGCAUUUUACCUGUUUCCCCAACUACCACCUUCCACUACUAUCAACACAUAUACCUUCCCUUCUCAGCUCUCUUUAUUCUUUGUGCUUCCAUUGUCUUUUGUUCAUAUUGCAUGGCCAUAUUUGGGAGCUAUUAGAACUACAUACUUUCUACCCUCCUUCCCCCCAGUUAAAUUCUUCCAUUUCUUCUAUAACAGUUUUCUUCCUCAUAGCAAAAGAACAAAGGAGACAUUUGCUUUCUUGAUAUUUUUCAGACUGGGAGUCUUGGUGUGAAAUCAAGGAAUUAUCUCCAAAAUGGUUCAUUGAUGAAGAUGAAAUAUCCCAGGAGAUGAUAAUGGAAAGGCUAGCAAGUCAUGGCCUUGAAUGCUCCAGUUUCAGAGAAGCCUGGAAAUAUAAGGGUGAAUUUGAGCUACAUGAGGGAAAUGCGGAGAGGCAUUUCAUGCAAGUGACAGCUGUUAAGGAAAUCUCUACUGGGAAAAGGCACAAUGAAUUUAGUAAUUUUGGGAGAAGCAUACCCCUGAAAUCAGUAUUUUUAACAGAACAGACAGUUCCUACCAUACAGCAAGUACAUAAAUUUGAUAUUUAUGAUAAACUCUUCCCCCAAAAUUCAGUCAUAAUUGAAUAUAAAAGACUCCGUGCUGAGAAGGAAUCUUUGAUAGGUAAUGAAUGUGAAGCAUUCAACCAGAGUACAUACUUUAGUAAAGAUAUAGGAAUUCCUCUUUGUGAGAAACCUUAUGAAAGUAAUGAUUUUCCAAAUUUCUUAAGUUUCCACUCAUUACUUACUCAACAUCAGACCACUCAUUUUGGAAAAUUACCCCAUGAAUACAAUGAAUGUGGUGAUGCCUUUAGCUGUUACUCAUUCUUUACUCAACCUCAGAGAAUUCACAGUGGAGAGAAACCACACACAUGCAAUGACUGUGGAAAAGCCUUUAGCCAUGACUUCUUUCUCAGUGAACAUCAAAGGACUCAUAUUGGGGAGAAGCCUUACGAAUGUAAAGAAUGUAGCAAAGCCUUCAGACAGAGUGCUCACCUUGCUCAACACCAGAGGAUCCACACUGGAGAGAAACCGUUUGCAUGCAAUGAAUGUGGGAAGGCCUUUAGCCGUUAUGCCUUCCUUGUUGAACAUCAGAGAAUUCACACAGGUGAGAAACCAUAUGAAUGUAAAGAAUGUAACAAAGCCUUCAGACAGAGUGCUCACCUUAAUCAACAUCAGAGGAUUCACACGGGAGAGAAACCCUACGAAUGUAAUCAGUGUGGAAAAGCCUUCAGCAGACGCAUAGCCCUUACUCUGCAUCAAAGAAUUCACACAGGAGAGAAACCCUUCAGAUGUAGUGAAUGUGGGAAGACCUUUGGCUAUCGCUCACACCUGAAUCAACAUCAGAGAAUUCAUACCGGAGAAAAGCCCUAUGAGUGCAUCAAAUGUGGGAAGUUUUUUAGGACUGACUCACAACUUAAUCGACAUCACAGAAUUCACACUGGAGAGAGACCAUUUGAAUGCAGUAAAUGUGGGAAAGCCUUCACUGAUGCUUUAGUUCUAAUUCACCAUAAGAGAAGUCAUGCAGGAGAGAAACCCUAUGAAUGUAACAAAUGUGGGAAGGCCUUCAGUUGUGGCUCAUAUCUUAAUCAACAUCAAAGAAUUCAUACUGGAGAGAAACCCUAUGAAUGUAAUGAAUGUGGGAAGGCUUUUCAUCAGAUCUUGUCCCUAAGACUACACCAGAGAAUUCAUGCUGGAGAAAAACCUUAUAAAUGUAAUGAAUGUGGGAAUAAUUUUAGCUGUGUCUCAGCCCUUAGACGACAUCAAAGAAUUCAUAAUAGAGAAACGCUCUGAUUAUAACAAGUAUAGGAAAGAAAACAUUUGGUUACCACUCAGUCCUUAUUGAAUAUUAGUGAGUUCUUCUUGGUUAGUAAUUCUUUGAAUGUAGUUCAUAUGUCAGUUCAUGAGAAUCCAUUAUUUGAAGUAGCUCAGUAGUAGACAUCUGUUACUUUUUUUUGUUUUAGACAGAGUCUCGCUCUGUUGCCUAGGCUGGAGUGCAGUGGUGCAAUCUUGGCUCACUGCAGCCUCUGCCUCCUGGGCUCAAGCAAUCCUCCUGCCUCAGCCUCCUGAGUAGCUGGGAUUACAGGUGCCUGUGACCAUGCCUGGCUAAUUUUUGUAUUUUUAGUAGAGGCAGGGUUUCACCGUAAUGGUCAGGCUGGUCUCGAACUCCUGACUUCAGGUGACCCACCCGCCUCCCAAAGUGGUGGGAUUAUAGGUGUGAGGCACCAUGCACGGCCACAUCUAUUCCUUUAUGAUCUGUUCUGUACCUAGCUUACCCCACCCUCAAUGCAUAUGAUUCUGGUGAAACUGUUAAUCAGAGACACUAGUAGAUUGGUCACAGGCUGGACAAUUAUUUCCCCCAACCUAGUGAUAAGGGAUUGGCAAAUGGCCCUGUCUGGAUCAGUGAAGUCCUUUGCGAGUAUUCCUAUGGGUAGUAAGAGAGAUUUUUUUCUGGAAUUGCAAGUUUCAAGGAUUUAAUAAGAUUAAAAACUCACCAGGAGCCUUUUUGCCACUCAUGAGGAAAGCUUUCCCAAAGAGAAAUCUAACAGAGGAAAAUGGAGACGAGAGACAGAAAUCUGAUGAUAUUGUUUGAUCUCCUGGAUCCAGUCAUUCCUGACAGCUACACCAUCCUUUUUCAUUUUUUGUGAUCCAAUAAAUUUCCUUUUAUUUAUUUUUUCUUAAUUUGGAUUAGAUUUUUGCCUCAUAGAAUUAGAGUGCUGACUCACACAUUCUAUGUGUGCUAUACAUAAGAGAAAGCCUUCAUUUUUUUCGUGACAUAAUUAUUUAUACUGAGGAGAAACCUUAUGAUAUAACAAGUUUAUCAAAGUUGAAUACACAGCCUUCAUAAAACUGAGAUAAUUGUUACAUUUUAUUUGUCGAUAAAAUUAUUUUAGUGUUUUUAGUUUUUUCCACAAUAUGAAUAUUUUAAAAUUCACCAAGUAAAAUUCUUUAACAGGCUUCCCCUUACGGAGUUGAAAUCAUGUGUCACAGUGACUCACCAUGUACCUGUAAAGAGAGAAUGGAAAGCUAAGGGAAUAAUGGUUUCAUUUGUUUAAUGAAUGACUCUUCAUCUUCAAGGAA